CAGAAGAGUUCAGAACUAGAGAGAGAGAGAUGGAGGAAUCGAUUGGGAGCUUGUGCAAGGGCGUAGCGUCCUUCUGCAACCACCUCCAGAGCAGCUGCGACGCCCUCAAAACUUCCGUCGACCGCCGCCCCAUCCCUCUCGAUACGGCGUCGUCCACCUUCCUCCAAUCCCUCAACCGCCGAGUCUCCGCCGCUAGCACCCAACUCAACCUCCUCGAUACGAUGUCGUUCGGCACCGUCUCCUUCGAGGAGCUCUUGGGCCACUGCUCCGAGGUCUACAAGGACAACCAAACCCGCCUCCUCCACCUCCAACAUCGUCUCUCCCCCUCCUCCGUCGCCGAACUUGAGAUUGACGACGAUGAAGAUUUUACAUCGACGACGGUUGAUCAGGAGCACGGAUUCGAUGCAUCUGUCAUUGAUGAAGAAGAAGAUUUAUUGGACGAGUCUCUGAGUUUGAAGAAGCUCGGGCUUUCGGAUGCAUCUCUUGCAUCUUUAGCAAAUGAUAAAAAUGAGGACACUGAUGUAUCUAUGCAUGAGUUGAAAUCCUUAAAGGGGUCAUAUGAUCCUUCCACGAAGACCUCAGGAGCUUCCGGAGACAGAUUGCUAUCUGAUUUUGGUGAAGUGGAGGAUAAGCCAAAGCUAGCUGAAGUUCAUUUGCCUCUUGUAAAGGUGUCCCCGGAUGAUUACGAGAGUCUUCCUUCCUACAUGAAAAGUUUAGCACCUUGGGAGGACCUGCUUGCCGCUGUCGAGAAGAUUAACUCAAGCCUGAAACAGAAAGCAAGGGGGACUAAUUUCUUCCAUCAAGAUGAAAUUUCAACCUUGGGCUUAGGCAAGUUCUUUCUUUCACUUCUUCCAACUGAUUUCACGCAAGAACAAUGGGCCGAAAGCGAGAUCUUACUUGCUGCUGCUUGUACGCAUGAAUCGAUUGGUUGUUGAGACCGUAAGUGGUUUAAUCUCAUACCGAGUUUUGUAAUGAGAUGUAUAUUAAUAUCAGAUGGAGUUCAUGCACACGAAUAUAGUCCAAUGGAAAGGGGAAAAAAAAUCGCCAAAAAUCUUGCUGGCAGAACUGGGUGAGCCGUUUACGCAAUUAUGCAAGGAAUCGACGAAUUACUUGUUUAAUUUCUUUUUAAGGCCUGUCUGAGAACUGUUUCAUUUUUAGUUUUUGGUUUUCACUUUUUGUGUUAGUGAUGGUGAGAGUAUUUAUAUACUAGUGCAUUUUACUUA